GAUAAUUACAAAAUAGGUUGGUUUACAUAUGCUGAAAGUUCCUAGUUGAUUCGUCAGUUAGUUUGUUGAUCAAUUCCAAAUGAUUUCACUGUAUAUGAAUUUAUACCCUUUUCUGUAUUAGCUUUGUGACUUGUAUUUUCGGCAAGCAAUGUUUUGGUUUGUUUCUCUUCGAAAUUCGUUAUAUUCAGACUGCAAUUCUUAACUGAAAGUCUGAACCAAAUCAGGGCUGAAUAAAUCACAACUUUUAGGCUUAUACUGAACAAAUGGUACAUUUUGAAUCCCAGACAAAAUGACUGAUGAGAGUGUACAAGGUGAAAGAAACAGUCCAUGUUUUCCAAAUACUACUAACUCGGAGUCAAUUUAUUUUUUGCAGCUGCUUUUAUUUGUCUCAGUCGUCUUCCGACAAAAACAUUUUACCUUUUGAAGACAUGAAAAUCAAGAUAUUUCUCUUGUGCAAUAAAAUCUAACGCCUAAUGACUGAUGUCAGUUCAAGUUUAAUUCAUUGGAAUGAGAAAGAAAUUUUACCGAGGGGAAUUUUUCUUACUUCUUCUGGAUCCGGUGGAGAUCGUCUUCUCUUCUGGCAAUCUUCGUUAGCAAGUAAUCCUAGUAAAGUGUACGAUGUGAAAAAAGAUCAGUCUACAAAUGAUAAUCGCUGUUCAUCUAAUAUUGGUGCUUCUUUUAGUCAGGAAACUGAAUUAUCAAAAGAUCAUACAGCAUCUGUCUCAAGUCUAACAACACUGUUGACUACUCCUAGUCCCAAGAUAAAAAAUACAGCUAAUAUCAAUAAUCGAGGUCCUGUCAGUACUAGUGAAAAUCCGUUUGCACUCAGUUUAAUCUCAGAUCGUACAAUGUCAUGUAAUGAAAGCACUCUAGGCAACAGUCCUAUUUCCAGUGGGCUUAAUCCAAACUUUAUUGGUUCAUCAGUUGAUCGUACAUUGAAUAAUUGUCCAACUAUCUGUUCAAAUAUUACGCCUAGUCUGUGUAAUACUAGCACAAUGUCUUCAAAUAAUCCUGUCGGCAAUGUUACAACAAAUCUGUCUACCUCUAAUAUAGUUCUUGGUGGUAUUUAUUCAACAGACUCAUCAUUACAAGUUCCUUCGAGUGAAUCACCUUUAAUAAUUGGUAAUUUAGGAAUCUCGAAUAUCGAAGGUAUUCCUGCAAAUGUUCUGCUCAGCCUAUUACACCAACAAACGCAAGCACUUCAACGUAAAAUUUAUAUCAAGUUAGAAAACAGUAUAUUUGUUGGAGCUGCAUUCAACUUAUCUCCAUCGGAUACAGAAGGUAUUGGCCUCAGCGAAGACACUGAUGACUCGAAUACAAAGAGCUCUGAUGGUGAAUCACUUCGUACAACAACAGGUGGAGCUCAUACUAUGAUUAGUUUUACUGUUGGCUUUCUUAUGGAUUCAUCUGCACCACCUUCUGUAUUAUCCUAUCUUACUGAAUUAUCCAGAUUGAUUGGUUCCCAGAUAAGACGUGCAGAGUUAAUGUUCAAUUAUCUUAGAGAUCAAAGGGAUAUUAUCACUUCUACACUAGAGAAAUAUUCUUAUGUUGAUGCUAAUUCAUGGCCUAGCAGUUCUACAACAGAUCACAAUAUGAAUAAAUAUGGAUCAGAUAAUAUUAACACUAAUCGAUUGAAUCAAUCAUUCCCGAGUAAACGUCAUGUGAAGCUUUCUGAAGUGAUAAAUACUGAACGCGAAAAUAGCCUGUCAUCUCAACUGACAGAUCAUGAUUACAAUGAAAAUGUAAAUCAGUCAACUAAUGAAAAUAUUCCUGUGAAUAAAACCAACGAUAUGCAUGAUUAUAAUAAUGAUACGAGAAAUGAAACAACCACUAUGAAUCCGUUAGAACGAUUAGUUCAGAUAUCCUCUUUAUGCGCUGAACUUAAGAGUAUACUUGAUUCAAUUUGUAAAACUGGUCAUGUGAAUGUCAAGAUUAACAAGAUAUAUCCAGUCUGUUUUUGUCUUCCACACAAAGCUUACUGUUUAAAUAAUAGUGAUAAAAUAUCCAAGUUUAUGAUCGCUGUUCGACCAAUGGCUGUUUGGCGAGCAAUGGAUAAAAUACGACCGUAUCAUGCUUUAAUAUUAUUACUGCGUAAAGAUGUUCUACUCAAAGAUUUUCUACCAACUGAUAUUAAUCCUACGCUAAACGACUUCAUAAAUGAAUUAUCACCAACAGUUAGUCUGUGUAAUAUAGCUGAAAGAAUUCAUUCACAAACGCAUUGUUUAAAUUUAGCCUUAUGGUUAAUAUAUCGUGGUCAUGCAUUAAUUGUAUAUCCAAUUGUAGCCAAUAAUAUGUAUGUAUUGGCACCUCAUUCUAAAGCAUGGUUUACACCACAAUUGAUUGGUCAAUUUGCAACAUCCUUUCCAGAAGUCAAUUUAGCUGAGCUUUUAACAUCAUUUUCCACUACCUUUAUGCUGAAAGAUCACUUUCAUCCGUCUAUUGGUAUCGCGGAUAAUCUUCAUUAUGAUGCAGAUUCAGAGAAUAAUGCCAAUUGUUUUCGAAACAAGCCGUCUAAAACUUCAUGGACAAAUUUACCAUUAACACAAAAAAUCAAUCUAAUAGCUUGGCUUCUUCGACGUCGUCUUAUCAUCCAAAUUCAUAUUUACAUAUUCCCAACAUUUCUCUCCAGUGUAAAUCAAAUGAAUCGUUGCUUAAUGUCAGAAACAUUCCAAAUAAUUUAGAGAAUUUACAUAUAUCAUGCAAUGUCAACAACACAACCUACAGUAGCUGUAACAGUAGUAGUAGUAAUAGUAGCGAAUAUGACAGUGAUGAAAUCACCCCUGAAUAUAAAGACAAUGAGAAUGGUAAAAAUCCCUAUGUGGAUUCUACCAUCCCAGAUUUAGAUGAGUUGUGUAAAAUGAUUCCAAAGGAUGUCUUACAUGAAUUAACUGACAAUUUGCCUGUUGAAUCACGACAAUCAUUACUCCACUCUAUUUUAAGUCAUCCUGGAGCUGUUCAAAAUAUUCAACUGCUUAAAUUAUUCAGUAGAAUUUUACCACAUUUACCAGCACACAUCGAGGAAAUUAUGUUCAAGAGCAAGUUAGACGAUCUACACUGAUUGAAUGUAUUGAAAGAUUCUCUCCAUUCUUGGCGACUGCUAGACUUCCAGAUCCAGUGACUGCUUGUUUUGCUGGAAUACCGUGGCCUAAUUAAUUUUUCACUUCAUCUCUGUAUCUAUACAAAUUGUAAACAGGAUGAAAAGAUCAAGUUUUCAAUGCCUUUCUUUAAUCUACUUUCCAAAUGUUUGUUUUUCCUUCAACUAGAUUAUUAUUUUCACUUCGAUGUGUGUCUUAUAGAUAAUAAAUUGUUUCUACAGUAAUCAUAUAUUGAUGAUUAGAUUCAACUAGACGUUAAUACACAUAUCAUACUAAAAUUAUGUUUGUAACAGUAUUAUUCCAUGAGAAUAGAAGUGUUCUAACUUCCUUUAUUUGACUAGUUUAAAUAUGGAAAUGUGUUACUGUAUAAAUCAGUUGAAAACAAACUUUGAAUUUUCCCACAGCCCAAUAGUGGUGAUUAAUGCACUGACAAAAGAUACAAUUAUUACUUCUUUUUUUUUAUUGAUGAUGAUAUCUAUCGAAGCGGUUUACAUUUCGGCGUCGUAUUCAUUUCUGAAAAUUCAUUUGAUUACACUUGUGAUUUUUAUUUUAUCGUUGAUUAUGAGUUUAUUGUUUGGUGAAGAGGUCGCAGUUAUGUAGUUUGUGUGUGUGUGUGUGUGUCAUUUUUCAAUCACGUCUUUUGUACAUAGAUAAUUUCAUGUUAUUAUUAGAUAAUGUGUACAAAUGAAUUCAUUCAUUUUUAAUUCCUAUGUCUUUACUUUUCGUGGACAAUUACCAUACUUCAUGAAUAAUCCUCAAAACAGACAGCAAUAAAACAGUAAGACAAGUAGUUCAACGAAAAGGCUGUUUUCGUCGAAUUCAUUUUAUUUGGCUGUACAAUAGCAUUUAUAAACAACUUCUCGCGAAAGAGGAUAAUAACAAAAGUCAUGAAUUGUUAUCAUCAUAGUUUUUAAUCGUCGUCUCUGGCGUAGACGUGAUAUCCGACUAACGACCAAAGGGCGGAUGUACUGCUCAUCAGUCCGCUCCG